AUGGCCACUCCACCUACCCCGACCACCAAGUCCCGUCGUGAUAGAGACACGGGAUUUCCAGAACCAUUCUGUGGCACCUACAACACCACUUUACCACAUCCUGAUGCCGACCUCUCGCCUAAUGCCGUCAUCUCGGGAGACCACCUGUCUCUCGAAGGCUCCAUGAGGCGCAGGCGGCUAUCCAUGCUGCACAAGCACCGCCGGACUGUUAGUCAGAGUUCCGGAAACAGCAAUAGCAGCAUCAACACCCCAAGCCAGGCGCUCCAGUCGGUCCUAGGAGCCAUCCAAAGCCAGCUCCCCGGCACCUCGCCAGCUGCCCGCCCAGGAUCCAGCGCCCAAGACUCGAUUGACGAGGAGCCUCACCACCGUGAGAUGGAGGAUGACAUGCGACCCGAGUCACGGGAUACGAUGCCACCCAGCCCUCACAGCAAGAGAGGUCUCUUCCACGGCUGGCGCAAGGGCCGACACUGA